AUGAAAGAUUUUGAAGAUUUUCUAUGGUGUGCAUCGAAUUGUCGUCGCGGUCUCUUUCACUUUUUCUCAAUCAAUAUAAUUCGAAAUUUAGAAAAUCGUGGUUCUCCUCUCAAACGAUCAUAUCCAGUGAAUUUUGAUACUGUUAAGUUUAAUGCUCAAUUAAUUCGUAAAUUAGUCACAGAAAAAUUAAUUCCAACUUUACAACAUUUCAAUCUCUGGAAUUUAGCCAAUCGCGUUCAAACACAGAUUGAAUACAAUGAUGAAAAUAAUUGUGACUCUGUGGAAAACUCUAUUUUGGAUAGAUGUAGCCUUCUGUAUAUGAAUAGUUUUCCUUUAAAAUUACUCGAUUCUACCUGUCAUAAUAAUAUGAAGAACGAUAGUAAUUUACUGUUUGAUCUAAAUCAACCUAUUUCAUCAUUUGAUCUAUUGAAAUCUUGUGCUCAAUUUAAUUAUGCAAAAUCUUUACUUUUCUCAUGUAUUGAACCAAUAUUUCAUCAUUCUCUUAUACUUUUGGAUUGGCCAUUUCUACUUCAUGAAUUAAAUGUUUGUUCUAAUUGUAUUUUAUAUUUACUCAGUUGUCAUUCUUCUUCACAAUGUUUAUUAUCUACCAAAAAUAAUAGUAGUAAUAGUAGUAUUUUAUUAACUGAAUCAAACAAUUGUAAUUCUUUUUGUCAAAAUAUUCAAGAUGAGAAAAUUAAAAAUGUUGCGUUGGUUAUUCUUUUCUGUACAAUACUUCAAAAUACAUUGUAUCAAAAAAUGAUUAUAGAUCAAGAUAGUCAAAAUCUAAGUCAACCUGUAAAGUCUCUGAGUGAAAGUGUUCAAAAGUCAUGUGUAGCAUCUAUAAUUCAUACGAAAUUAUUACCAGCUCUACAAUGUCUUGAUUUGAAUGCAUUACAUGGUGAAAUAGAACAAUUGGCUUUUCAAAUGCUUCAUUAA